AUGGCUUUGAUCUCAAGCUUGUGCAUCUUUGUUUUGGUAGCACAUUUGGCCACACCAAUUUUGUGUAUUCGCAGCCAUAUUCAUCAAGCACCUGCCCUUUUCGUGUUUGGUGAUUCAAUUUUUGAUCCUGGAAAUAAUAACUACAUCAACACCACUGCUACCUUCCAAGCAAAUUAUUUCCCUUAUGGAGAAUCAUUCUUCAAGUACCCUACUGGCAGGAACUCCAAUGGACGCCUCAUUCCUGACUUUAUAGCUGAAUAUGCUAAUUUGCCAUUUAUUCCGUCCUAUUUUGAAAUUGGGAAGAAACAUUUGGUUCAUGGUGUAAACUUUGCAUCAGGCGGUUCUGGUUGCUUGGCUGAGACCGAUCGUGGCUCUGUUAUAGAUCUUAAAACUCAGUUGAAAAAUUUCGAAAACGUGACACAACUGUUGAAGAAGAAAGUGGGGAAAACAGAGUCCCAUAAAAUCCUGGCCAAUGCUGUAUAUUUUUUUAGCAGUGGCAGUAAUGAUGUAUUUGCCACUUUAUCAGCAAAUUCGACUUCUCCAAAUUUCGAUCAAGAAUAUCUACAGAUUAUUAUGGGCAAUUUGACUUCUGUUUUAAAGGGAGUUUAUAUUGAAGGAGGGAGAAAGUUUGUGAUGCUUAAUAUGGGCCCCUUAGGUUGUAUCCCUACUAUUAGGGCUCUCAACUUUCAAAAGGGAGUUACAAAUGGAAGUUGCAUGGAGGAGGUCACAAACAUUGCCAAAAUUUUUAAUUCAGCUCUCCUAGAAAUGCUCAAAAAACUAGAGAAGCAAUUGCCUGGAUUUAAGUAUACAAUAUUCAACUUCUUCAAAGUACUUGCUGAUAGCAUUGAUAAUCCAACAAAAUAUGGUUUUAAGAUAUCAGAGACGGCUUGUUGUGGAACGGGUCCAUUUCGAGGGAUUUUGAGUUGUGGAGGGAAGAGACAGAUAAAAGAGUAUGAGUUAUGUAACAAUGUGAAAGAUUACUUAUUUUUCGACUCUUCUCAUCCCUCUGAGAAGGCCUACCAAAAAUACACGGAAUUACUAUGGAACGGAACUCCAGACGUUGUGGCACCUUACAACCUAAAAUCCUUUUUUGAACUUUCAACAUAA